ACUGACUCUCCUCCCUUCCUCCACAGCAUGCCCAAGGAUCUGUCUGAGGCCUUGAAGGAGGCCACCAAGGAGGUGCACACCCAGGCAGAGAACGCUGAGUUCAUGAGGAACUUUCAGAAGGGCCAGGUGACCAGGGAAGGCUUUAAGCUGGUGAUGGCCUCCUUGUACCACAUCUAUGUGGCCCUGGAGGAGGAGAUAGAACGCAAUAAGCAGAACCCAGUCUACGCCCCGCUCUACUUUCCUGAGGAGCUGCACCGAAGGACUGCCCUCGAGCAGGACAUGGCCUUUUGGUAUGGUCCCCACUGGCAGAAGACCAUCCCUUACACACCGGCCACACAGCACUAUGUGAGGCGCCUACACGAGGUGGGGCGCACUCAUCCUGAGCUGCUGGUGGCCCACACAUACACCCGUUACCUGGGUGACCUCUCAGGAGGCCAGGUCCUGAAGAAGAUUGCGCAGAAGGCCCUGGACCUGCCCAGCUCUGGUGAAGGCCUGGCUUUUUUCACCUUCCCCAACAUCGACAGCCCUACCAAGUUCAAACAGCUCUACCGUGCUCGCAUGAAUACUCUGGAGAUGACACCUGAGGUCAAGCACAGGGUGACAGAGGAGGCUAAGACCGCAUUCCUGCUCAACAUCGAGCUGUUUGAAGAACUUCAGGGACUGCUGACACAGGACCACAAGGACCAGAGCCCCUCACAGAUGGAGUGGCUUCGCCAGCGGCCUGGUAGCCUGGUGCAAGACCCUACCCCUGCAGAGACACCCAGAGGGAAGCCUCAGAUCAGCACUAGCUCAUCCCAGGCACCACUUCUCCGAUGGGUCCUCACUCUUAGCUUUCUGAUGGCAACAGUGGCAGUGGCAAUUUAUGCCAUGUAAAUGCAAAUAUGCUGUGAACUCUGUCCAUGAAGGGCCUUCUCUCUUUUGGGGAGAAUCUUGCCUGGCUCUCUUCUCUGGGGCCUCUAAGAAGCUUUUGGGGCUCCUAGCCCCGACCCUGUGUCCUCUUUCUCUCUGCAAUGGAGGGAGACGCUUGACACAUUUUCCCCUCACCAAAAUCACAUCCAGCCAGUGGCCUGAACUUUGAAACCAGCAGCCCCAAUUGCUGCAGCAGAGCCCAAAAGCCGUGGCCUGAAGGGCAGCUGUUGUGAGCCCGGUGCCCUUGGUUGUCGGCGUCCAUGUUAACUGCCAUGACUGCUUUUCUCUGGUGUUAUGGCCACUUAGAUGUCAGUGUGUAGAGAUGUUCUGUCUUGUGUUUCGGUCUUAUUACUUCCCCAGUUCCACCUGAAUGGUGGUAUUUUGUUGUGUUGUUGUUUUUUUUUUUUCUAACAAAGUUGGGCUGUCUUUUGAGGGGUGGGUGAGGAAGAGGUAUUUAAUAGUUGUAACCUUGGUCUCCAACUUCUAUGUGAAAUAAUAAAUGACAUCUAACAGUCA